AUGCUUAUGGAAGAAGAUAUGGAGGACAAGAUUUGCAUGCUUCAAGAGUCGUUGGAGCUUCAAGCUGCCGAGAAGUCAUUCUAUGAGGUCUUUGGAAAGAAAUAUCCCCCCUCCCCAGAGUUAUUUCGUCGUUACGCUAGUCAAUAUGGUGAGAGCCCGGCUGAAAGUUCCUCUGGAACUUGGAGUAAUUAUAUCACUAGUAGUUGCAACAGUGGUGGUUACUUUGGUGAUACUACGUCGAUUCAAAGUCCAGAUGGAUAUUCAUCUCAGUUACAAGGUCUUCCGUCAUAUAGCAUUUCUCAAUCAUUUAACGGGUCUUCAACAAGGUUCAAUAAGGGGGUUGAUGAGGCUAGUAGAUUUCUUCUUGGAGAGACUAAUUUGGUUGUUGAACUGGAGGCAAAUGGGAUGUCAGUUCACACGCCAAAGGUUGGGGCAGCGGCAUCUUAUGUCAAAGUGGAGAGAACGGAUGAAGGAGAAUAUUCUUCUGGUGGGUCAAGGGGAAGGAAGAAUCUAUAUAGGGAGGACGAAGAUGUGGAGGAAAAAAGGAGUAGCAAGCAAGCGGCUGUUUCGUCUGAAUCUCCUUUGCAGUCAGAGAUGUUUGAUGUUGUAUUGCUUUGUAGCAUAGGGGAGGGUCAGGAGCGUUUGGAAUCUCUUCGUGAGGCCUUGCAAGAUGGAAUGAGCAAAAGUGUGCCACAGAACGGGCAAUCCAAAUGAUUUAAUGGAGGAAAAGGUCGUGGUAAGAAACAAAGUGUUAAAAAUGAGGUGGUGGAUUUGAGAACCCUCCUAAUUAGUUAUGCACAUGCGGUUGCAGCUGAUGAUCAUAGGACCGUUAAUGAACUACUAAAGAAGGUCAGACAACAUUCUUCACCUUUUGGAGAUGGGACUCAGAGAAUCGCUCAUUGCUUUGCCAAUGGCCUUGAAGCACGCUUAGCUGGUACAGGUAGCCAGAUUUAUAAAGGUAUUGUUAGCAAAAGGACAUCGGCUGCUGAUAUCUUGAAAGCAUACCAUUUAUACCUUGUUGCAUCUCCAUUUAAGAAGAUGUCUAAUUUUGUCACGAACGUCACAAUAAUGAAUUUAGCUGAAAAGUCGACAAGGCUCCAUGUCAUUGAUUUUGGUACCCUUUAUGGUUUCCAAUGGCCCACCCUUAUUCAACGGAUCUCGUGAAGGGAAGGUGGACCCCCAAAGGUUCGGAUUACUGGAAUUGAAUUUCCUCAACCGGGAUUUCGGCCAGCUGAGCGAGUUGAGGAAACAGGACGACGUUUGGCAGCUUAUGCUGAGAAGUUCAAUGUGCCGUUCGAGUACAAUGCUAUUGUAAAGAAAUGGGAAACCAUUACACUUGAGGAACUCAAGAUCGACAAGGAUGAAGUUCUUGUUGUGAACUUUUUAUAUCGGGGUAAGAACUUGCUCGACGAAAGUGUGUCUGUGGACAGUGUAAGAAACAUGGUUCUUGAUUUGAUAAGGAGAAUCAAUCCAGACAUUUUCAUCCAUGAAGUUGUUAAUGGAGCGUACAAUGCCCCCUUCUUCGUUACCAGGUUCUGAGAGGCGUUAUUUCAUUUUUCUUCGCUGUUUGAUAUGCUUGAAACUGUUGUACCCCGUGAGGAUCAGGAAAUGAUGUCAAUUGAGAAAAAGAUCUUUGGCAGGGAGGCUUUAAAUGUUAUAACUUGUGAAGGCUGGGAAAGAGUGGAAAGGCCAGAAACAUACUAGCAAUGACACGUUCGUAACUUGAGGGCUGGGCUUGUGCAAAUACCUUUUGACCGAGAGCUUGUGAAGGCGGUAGCUAAGAAAGUAAGCUCUCUUUACCACAAGGACUUUGUCAUCGAUGAAGAUAGCCGAUGGCUGUUGCAGGGAUGGAAGGGACGAACUGCCUUUGCCCUUUCUGCUUGGAAACCUGCUUAA